AUGAAGGGUUCUAUUCAAAAAUCAAUUAUUUUAUCACCACGAUUUGGAAAAUUACAAAUGAAAUCGAAGAUUAUCAAGCCAAGGCAUAUUCCUAAAAUUAUUAACUGGAUCCAAGGUCAUGAUGAUAAAAUAAGUGAGAAUGAUGAAAAGGAUUAUCUAUUCACGGUAAAAUACGCGUUCAAUCUUUUGCCAGAAAGUGAUAGUAUUAGUGAUAUUCUUGAUCAUAAAUCAACUUUAAUGCUUGUCAAAGAUCGUAAUUCAUCAAAAAUAUAUGGAGGGUAUAAAUCAUAUGAGUCUAAUAAUAGUGAUUUAGCACUUUUUAAUGAUAAAUGCAAUUGCUUUAUCUUUUGUUUCGAAAACAAUGAGGACACUAGAGAUGUGAAAAUGACUAGAAUAAAUUAUAAUUAUUUAGAUCGUAGAUUAAAUUUUAGCUUUAAAGAUUAUUACGGGUCAGUGAUAAAAAUCAUUGGUUUAGAUCCGUUAGAAGUUGAAGCUUUUGAAGUAAAAAAAAUAGUCAAAGGAUUAGAAUAG